GUGGCGAAGAGUUCUCUGCUUCGCUGCUUCGCUCUUGACAAUCCCGGGAGCGGGAAGCUCCACAAAGCUCCGCUCUGGGCGCGUGGGCCACAGGUGAGGUGUGAUUUCCACAGCGCUGGGAGAUUCUUCUUGUUUUAUCGUAGCUCCGCGUGUGGGUGAUCUUGAGCUCAGCCAUAGCUGCUAGCAUUGUAAAAUGGGAGCGCCGAAACAGAAAUGGACUCCAGAAGAGGAAGCGGCAUUGCGCGCCGGCGUGGAGAAAUAUGGAGCGGGGAAGUGGCGGGCAAUCCAGAAGGAUCCAAAAUUUGGCCCCGUUCUCAAAUCUCGCUCUAAUGUCGACUUGAAGGACAAAUGGAGGAAUUUGAGUGCUUGUUCUGGUCCCGGCGGUCCAAGGUCCUCCAAAGUCCUGGGACUGCCGAGUGGAGGCGGCAUGAGGAAAUCCAUGGACGCUGGAUUGAGUCCUUUGCAGAUUGACCCCUUGGGAGCUUUCCCCGAUCCAGCAGCUUAUCAAGAAAUGAGAGAGAUGGCAUCAACACCCAGUGAAACAAGUCCGCAAAGUUAUGACGACUUUAUUUUGGAAGCCAUUAUAGUUAUGAAACAUCCCGGUGGUUCUAGUAGUGCGGCGAUUGCUAACUUCGUGGAGGAGCACCAUAUGGUUCCGCCAAACUUUCGGAAACUUUUGAACGCGAAGCUAAAAGCUUUAACAGUGCAAGGCAAGUUGAUGAAAGUGGAUCAAAACUACAAGAUCAAUACAGGCUCUUCCAAACCCAGGGGAGGACAGAGGCCCGACAGCGACGACGAGAAAGCAUUCGGCCGGGACGCUAAGAGGGCAGUAAAGUCGAAGAAGCCAAAGAUGGACAUAGAGACAGCAACACUGAUAGUUAGGGAGUCGGAGGAGGCAUCGUUGGUAGCCGCGACGCGCGUAGCCGAGGCGGAUGCUCUGGCGCAGGAAGCCGAGAUGGCAGCUCGGGAGCUGGAAACCGCCGAAGCUCUAGCUUUCGAGCUCGACGUCGCUGCGGAGGUUGCCGCUUAUGCUUUGAGGCCGCACAGAAAAUCUCGGGCGUCCCUCGGGGGAGUGUACUGUAAUCCCAUUGCCAAUCAAAGCUAGGAUGAUUAUAAAAGAAGAGGAAAAAUGGAGAGCAUUUUUUUUGUUUUUCCUUUGAUGAAGAUGGCUGGCUGGCGGCCGUUGGAUGUGUCCAUUCCAGCCGUUGGAUCUCCUGACCACCAAGGUGCUGUUUUUUUUAUAUACUCUCUCUCUCUCUCUUG